AUGGAGAGCAUCGUUCCUGCGGCGCCCUGUUGCCCUCCUCUGUCCUUCACACAUGGCCCACGAGCUGCGCCCCGGUUCACAACAGUCACGCAAGCCUUCUUUCAUCAUGCACGCGUUCAACCUGACGUUGUGGCGGCGCGCGAUCUUUCCGCCCAGCCCGAACGCCAGAUUACGUACCGAUAUCUGGCCCAGCGUAGCGCGCAACUUACACAUCGGCUCCGCCAGCUUGGAGUCGGUCCAGGCGAUCGGGUGCCCCUGGUCGUCAAAAGGGGUGUCGAUAUGCUGGUCGGCAUCAUCUCAAUCCUUACGUGUGGCGCACAAUACGUGCCACUCGACGGUGGCGUCGUGCCAGACUCGACCCUGCGUUUCGUUCUAGAACAAACUGGUGGACGCACUGUCUUGGUCCUCCGGUCCACCCAGCACCGCCUGGCUGGGUCCGGUGCCAGCAACGUCAUCGCCAUUGACGGGGACGACGUUCCGGAGGCGGACGACUAUGAAAAGUCCACAACGCCACAAGACCUGGCCACGUCUGACUCUGGGUGCUAUGUCAUCUAUACCUCAGGCACAACGGGAACGCCCAAGGGAGUUGACGUUACUCACCGGAAUGUCACAAAUUUAGUGUGCCUGUCACCAGGAGGACUGGACAUUGGGCCCGGCACACGCGUUGGUCAGAUCCUGAACAUCAGCUUCGAUAUGGCAUACUGGCCAAGUAUGAUCCCCGCGAUUACCCAAGUAUCCGGGUUGUCGCUACUGCAGGGGAGCCGAGUUCUCAAAGGUAUGCUCGAUAUUCAAUGUCCAUGUCUCGCCUAUCACGCUGAUCUUCCCGAAGGCUGGCCGACACGUGGGCGACGCAUGGCCGAUAUUACAACUGCUGCGGCCCGACCGAGACCACCAUCGUCAACACGAUGCAUGCACACAUCCCCGGGGCAGCCUCUUUCGAUCGGCAGACCCACGCCCAAUAACAAUGUCUACCUACUCGACGAGGAUGGCACCCCUGUCGGGGUCGGCGAGGCGGGUAUCAUGUGGGCGGGCGGCCUUGGCGUCUCGCGCGGCUAUGUCAAGUUGCCGGAAAAGACGGCCGAGAAAUAUAAGCGCGACCCCUUUGUGAACGAUGGGUCCAUGAUGUACAACACUGGGGAUCUCUGCCGCUGGGCGGCCGACGGAUCGGUGGAUAUCCUGGGCCGCGUGGAUGACCAGGUCAAGAUCAAGGGCUUCCGUGUCGAGCUUGAUGGCGUGACGUCGUCCAUGAACACUUUCUGCGAGGUCGACAGAGCGGCUGCCCUUCUGAUCGACGAAGAGAUCCAUGGCUUCGUGACGCCCAAACACUGCAACCUUGAUGCACUGAAGGAACACAUCAAGGGUCGUCAACCCUACUACGCCAUUCCUAGCAAAUUCCAUCGUCUUGCGACUCUGCCUCUGACUCCCAACGGCAAGAUCGACAAGAAGGCUCUGCGGUCCUUCGCUAUCACGCCUGAAGACGAUGCAUCCACCAUAUGUGAGAGCGCCUCAGGCGAGUCCGUCCGCUCCAAGGUCACCGCAGUGGAGAAGGCGAGGUCCAUUUCGUCCACGUCGAGUGUGACAGAAGUCAACUCAGUCUUGUCGGCCUCCGACAUCCCGACCCCAGACGAAAAGAGCCACCUGGACGAAGACGUGCCCUCCAAGACGCACAGCAAGCCCUUCCGCAACCUGCGCAACCGCCUACUCAUCGUCUACCGCCGCCUAUUCACGCUUGUUGGUCUGUUCAACAUUGCCGCCGUCAUUGCACUUGUGUUGACAGGGCCAACGCAAGAAUGGAUCGGUAUCAUGACAUCCAUCAACCUCGCCACCGCUAUUCUUGUCCGCCAAGAAUUCGUCAUCAACGCUCUUUACACAAUCACCUGCAAUGUGCCAAAAUCGUGGCCGCUGUGCAUCAGGUCUCGGUGUGCCAAGAUCUACCACCUCGGUGGAGUUCAUUCAGGAGCUGCAGUGUGUGCAGGCUUGUGGCUUCUUGCUUCCAACAUCAGCGACACGGUAUGCAUGUUCUCUCAGUGUUCCGGCUGGGGCAGGCAGUCACUGGCCACCAAGGUCAUCUCAUGGAUGCUGUCUGCUCUGUUCAUGGUCAUGUUUGUCCUGGCCUACCCCUCCAUCAGGAAGACGUACCACAAUCUCUUCGAAAAGACUCACCGCUUCGUUGGAUGGACCAUGCUUGGCCUCUUCUGGGCACAGAUUGUUCUGAAAACCAAUGACGACAAAGCCACCGACCUGCCGCUUGGCGAUGCUUGUGUCCGGUCGCCCGCCUUCUGGCUGCUCACCGUUGCGACCUUGAGCAUUGCAUCAUCCUGGUUCUUCCUCCGCAAGGUCCCAGUCGAUGCCGAAGUCUUGUCAAACCACGCCAUCCGCCUGCACUUUGACUACACAGUGCCCGUCAACGGCUCGUUCACACGCAUCUCCCAUCGACCUCUUCUCGAAUGGCACUCCUUUGCCACCAUUCCCGCCCCGGAGCCCGUCGAUGGUCGACCAAAGGGCUACUCUCUCGUCGUCUCCAACGCUGGCGAUUGGACGCGAGCUUGUAUAGAAAAGCCUCCAACGCACAUGUGGGUGCGCGGUGUCCCAACGUGCGGCGUCAUGCGCAUCGCGACGCUCUUCAACCGCGUUGUGGUCAUCGCCACAGGAUCCGGGAUCGGUCCUGUGCUUGGUCACAUCCAGAAUCCUUCGUGCGCCACGCAACUCAUCUGGUCUACGAAAGAGCCUGAGAAGACCUUUGGCGAAGGUCUUCUGCACACAAUCAAGGACAAGAUUCCCGACGCCGUCGUCCACGACACCAAGAAGCUUGGCCGCCCCGACCUCGUCAAGAUGGGCUACAAUCUGGCCAAAAGCUUCAACGCUGAGGCUGUGAUCAUCAUCGCCAACGAGAAGAUCACCAAGAAGGUCGUGUAUGGCCUUGAGACGCGGGGCGUGCCGGCAUAUGGCGCCAUCUGGGACAGCUGA